AUGGAAGACGUCAUCAGCGGCACAAUCCCGAGGGUCCUUCUCUUUGCGAUGAUCGGUCUCUCUGCAAGGUUUUCGGACGACUCCUUCUUCGCGGGAAUCGAUCCACGAGUCCGAGGCAGGCCGUACGCCCAGGAAGCCGAGCAUCUCCUCGACUUGCGUGAGGUUUCCUUGACGACGUUGCAGGCCGCUGUUCUUCUGGGCGCCUAUGUCAUCACUGAAGGUGAGGCAGCUGCCGAGGCUGUCUUCUAUAGUGUAGCCUGUCGGAUUGCGCUGUUACUCGACCUUUCCAACAUGGCCGUUACAUCUAGGCUCGAGCGGGAAGUGAACCGUCGAGCGUGGUGGACGCUUUGCAUGAUCGAUGUCUGGUCCUCUCGAGGCGUUCGAGUCCCUCGAUUGCUGACGCCAAAAGGCAACACCCCCUAUCCCAUGGAAGAAACAGUGUUUCACCAACUCCGCCGCGACGACAAUGACUUUUCAAGUCCAACCAGCCCUCAAGAAUCGAGCGCAUCGUUGUUGACACAGAUGAUCAAGCUGAACGCGAUUCUGUUCGAGAUCAGCACCACCAAUGAACUGGCGGCGUCCAAUCUGCAACUCGACUUCAAUCACCACGAAGCCGUCGAUGCACUCACUGCCAAGUUAGAAGGCUGGUACAACAACCUGCCUAUCGGGCUCCAAGACACACACGCAAACCUCUCACGGUACGCCACCAUGGGGCUCGGCCCAAUGUUUGUGGCUGUCUAUUUGGGCUAUUACCACUACGGGCAACUACUGUAUUACCCAUACUUGCACGAAGACUCAUAUGACGAUACCAUUCACGCCCGAUACUAUGCCGACAAAUGCAAAAGCCACUCGAUUGGCCUCUGCGAGAUUCUGUACCGCGCAUAUUCUACCCCGGGCUGCGAGGUCUACUACACAAUGGUCGGGCACGUCCUGGUCAUUGCGUCAACAGUACAACUCCACAUCCUGCUCUUCAGCACCGACGAGGUGCAGAUUCGGACCGCGCGGUCCCGUCUCGAGAGGAAUUUUGAGAUCUUGACGUGCCUGCAGACGUUCUGGCCCACCUUGGACGUGUGCUUUACGCGUUUCCGCGAGUUCCACAAAGCGUGCCAGAAAUAUAAGGAGACGUCCUUCCGCAUGGAUAAAUGGAUGCUGCAGUUCCUGUUCGAGUUCGCAAAGCCCGUGGGCGAAAAGGGCCCAGACGAUCUCACGGAGCUGAGACCGUGGUCCAUGCAGGAUUUGGGGUUCACACCUCCUUCUCGGCCCUGA